AUGAAUUAUGGCAAACCCUGCGGGGAAUAUUUAGAAUCCAUGUGCUUCAGCAGGAGUCGUCUAGUAAACCACUGCGAAAUUGUCCGUACUCCUGGAACAACUAGUGCACGUCACGAUAUGCGUUCGGGAACGGAUGUUAAUCGGAGUAUACACUCUCCUAUCGAUAUGAUUCCUCAAAGCAGGAACCUGUAUGGAGCGGGCAGAAUCUUAUUGCGCGUCAUUGACAAUCUGGUGAAGAAUUGUUUUGUGUUACGUCAUAUACAAACAUUACGAAAGCAUACUAUCGGAGGACCUGAAGGCAGCGCUGCAAGAUUACACCAAGUGUUGCAACCAUUACAACGAAAUAUUGCUCAAUAA